ACGGCAAGUUCAAAGAGACGAAAACUAGUCAGUCAUUCAUUAAUAAUAAUAAAUAAUAACGCGUCAACACGGUAAAGUAAAGGUUGAUAAAAUGGUGCCGCGGAUAUUCAGUAAGAUUUUGGGCUUUAUAGGCUACACAGUGCAGUACGGCUGCAUCGCACACUGCACGUUCGAGUACAUCGGAGAGCUUGUCAUAUGUUCAGGUCCGUCCAUGGAGCCAACGAUCACCAGUCAUGAUGUGGUUUUCUCAGAGAGAAUCAGCCGACACCUUUACCGCAUCCAAAAAGGUGAUGUAGUAAUCGCUAAGAGCCUGUUUGAUCCGAACAUGAACAUCUGUAAACGAGUGAUCGGACUGGAGGGAGAUAAAGUCUGUACCAGUGGACCUUCAGACUCCUUCAAAACACACACAUUCGUACCCAGAGGUCACGUGUGGUUAGAAGGUGAUAAUCUCGGUAACUCUACAGACUCGAGGAGUUAUGGCCCUGUACCCUACGCUCUCAUUCGGGGCCGAGUUUGGUAUAAGGUGUGGCCCCACCACAGUGUCGGAUCGCUGAAUGAGAGCCCCAAUAAUGGACGGAUUCUACGCACCGAUCAAUAAAGAACUUUAUAUGCUUUUAAUAAAUUAUUAUUUAUAAUAAUGAGUUUAGAUUUCAUUAAUGGUUUUGUACAUAUUUUUUGUAAAUAUUUUAGCUCUGUGUGGAAAUAAAGUUAAUAUAUAAAUAUAAAA